CUAGUCUAAUUUUUUACUGUAAGUUUAAGUAUGCUUUCUCAACUUUAAUGAAAAAGAAUUUCUUUAGACAUAAUGGUCUUACCGACUAAGGACUGAAACUUUGACUUUAAAAUUGACGAAUGUUCGUUGAUAUAUUUGGCUCCAUUUACAUCCGUGUGCAUAUUAUUUAUUUUCUAUUCUACCGAUUUGUAAUGUAACCAUUAUAUCCGCCUAAAUAUCAAGCUAAACAACAUCACAAUUACAAAUUAACCGAUAAUCACCUUGCAAUAUUUAUCAUAUAAGGUAAUUUAUACUAUGAAAGACUUACAAUGCUAUGAAUGAGACUAUAGUUCAUUAAGUCACUUGCAACGUCAUAUAGACAAACGUACUUAACUAUAAGAAUGUAGCUGUUUUAAUCAAAGUUAUCUCUCUUUAAUCCGUUACUAACAAUCUUUUAAGGAACCAAAUAUAUCGAUUCACCAAUUAUUAUUGGAAGUGAUUAUUUUUUGCUGAACUAACUUCUUACCAUUAUUUAGGGAAUCCUAAUGAUAUUUAUUCUUCUAUAUUUUCGAACUAAUAGUUGGAAUGUUUUGUCUCACUUAUCCAUAAAACAAUAACACGAGUCCCAGCCAACUGGAUUUAUUUCAUCUUCCCUCAUCUGAAUAUCUAGUGUAACUUUUUUGCUUCUCUACAAAAAACGAUCUUACUGAUAUUGUCGUACUGUGACUUGCUUAGUUGCCAUUGACCUUGUAUUACUAUUUAACUGAAAGAAGUGUAGUUUAAUCCAUUGUAUCAAUCAUGUGUACGUAAUUUCUUUUCAUACAGGUACUCCUCUGCAGGUUGAUUUCAGUCCAGAUGGUUCAUACUUCGCCACCAUUACUAAAUAUCAUGAUAAAAGAAGUCAACAUAACGAUCACCAGUCUGAUACUGAAAUGCAUAUAUGGUUCCGUGAUCCUUUCUCUGAUUUGAUUCCAUCAAAACACAGAUAUGAUGAACAGUUUCGAAUGACUGAAAAUUGGGAAUCUAUCUUCUUACCGCAUCCUUGUAAUGUUUGUUCGUUUAGCUGGCGCCAUACCAGCAGAUAUCUCCCUAGUGGUUGGAUAGCAAAUGUAUUAUUAACCGCGAGUGAAGAUAAUUUAUGUCGUGUAUGGAUUGAAGUUUCAACAAGUCAUCCCAAUUUAUCAAGCACGCACAAAAGUAUCAAUUCUUUACUGUCUAAAUCAAUUUCUAAGAAUGACCCAGAAAUUCCAAUAUCAUCUACUACAGUGAAAGUACGCCUACCUUUAGGUCAUCUGACCGAUAUACCAUUCAAAACGAAAAUUACAAGUGAUCCAGUCAAUCAGUUGCAUGAAUCAUCAACGCAAUAUCUCACUUUAGAACUACCUAAUUGUUUUUUAACACAUCCAAUUUUAAAACAUUUUCUAGAUUUAUGGUAAGUUAUUGUUAUUUCUCAAACACAUGGUUACUCUAAAUAAAUAGUCAGUUCUAUAUAGAUUUUGUAAGGUGGUUAAUCGACAGGAAACCCUAGACAUAGAUUUCGUGCUGCUUAACAUUCGUCAGUAUGAUGUACCUGUAAUGCUGAGGGAACUGAUGUGCUUUGAAGGUUUUGAUCCCGUAUCAUCCAGUUACAUAUCCAGAGACGUCACCACUGAGUCAUCCAAACCAUUGAGAAACAUGUGUCAUACAUGAUAUUAGUCAGUACCCAGUGAUCAAUCAACUGUAAACUUUAGAGUUUAUUUACUAAAACCCAGGAAUUUGAAAGAAAUUUAUAAGGUAUGAUGAAUGAAUGCUCUUAGGAUAUUUGAAAUUCACUAUGUACAAGCAACUUAAGACCUGGCACACAUGUCCACCGGUUCAACUUGUCACACCAUGUCACCACAGCGCUAUAAAAUUCUUUGGUGAAUCUGAAAAUAUAUUUCUAGGUUUUAUCUGUCUACAAUGAGCUGUUUCGUGAUUUUCUUUUAUCCCGUUGUUAUUUUAAAACAAUCAAUUUCUUGAUUAUUUUGUAUUUUUCAUCACGAGCUAACCUUAGACAGCUAUUGAAAACCAGGAAUAUCAGGGGACAUUGGUCUCAGCCUCAUUUCCGUGUGGGUUUGUGAAUAUGCUCUACUGGGAACACAAAAAGUUGUCUAGUAGUUCUUAGUUUUGAUUGGUUAUCUAACUAGGAUUAGUUUGUGAUGCCAACUAUAAAAUUUAACAAUCUCCACAAAUCGCUCACUAAUUUUUAGUUAACUUAAUUAUGGACGUGUAUAUUCGAGGUUUUAUUGUGUUGUCGGAAUAAGCUCCGAUUUGUUAGUUCAAAUUGUGUUUGUGCCGUCAAAUUUUAAUUAUGUUCCUUACACAGAAUAAAUGGAAUACGGAUAGUAGUGGAAUCCAAGAUACGCGUUUCAUCCUAUUUGCAACUUGUCAGCUGGAUGUAAUUGCAUCCCGGAGUUGAUGUUCAUUCCAGGACUUGAAUGCAGUAUCAUUUCAAAUUGAAUUGUAUUCCUCAUAGUUUAUAUAAUAAAGUCAUCAGAAUACGUAACAUAAAGUACUCAUCUCAAUUUUAGGGUAGAUUUUUAUCACGAAUUGUUCUCAAGGAACCAUAGAGAGCUAGAUAAAUGUUUCGUCCAAGUUUAGGAUUUCAUAUCAUCAUAGUGUACACGGACGACUUCGUUCAGCAUCUUGGUAAAAACUUUCAAACAGGCCUUAUAACCAGCACAAAACACUUAUCUAGUAGUCUAUGUUUUUCUGUAAUCAACCAGCCAAAAUUAAUCCAUGAUAAACUCAAUUGCACAAUUUAGUUAAGCUUCAAAACUAACCGACCAACUAACUAAACUUGAUCUGAAUUCGUAAUAAGUGACUAUAGAUUACACAAUAUGAUUUAUGUCUCAUUUUUCCCAAUGUUACUUAUAUGUACAUUUUUAUUACUAAAACAUGAUAUAAUCAAGGUUGACUGAUCCUUUGUCAAACAUUGAAGUGGAUUAUGGAUCACAAUUAUCAUCGUCUACAAUAAAAAUAGAUGAUAAAAAGUUUAACUAUACACAAAAUACAUUUCCACAAUUUGUGUUUACCACAUCUUUACCAUUGGAUUCUUUCCCGGAAUUAUGUAAUCUCUCUUCUCCAAAUGAGUAAGUUUUUAAUCAUUAUUUUUAUAUAUAUCAGCUGUAGUGAUUUAAAAUCAAUUGUGUUGUAGUUUUAGUGUUGAUUAGUGAACUAAUCAGAUUAACUUGAUAGAAGAACUAUAAUUCAUGGACGAAGCAAUCAGAUUUAAGGUAGAACCUCUUGGGUUUUUACACGAAAUUCAUCUAAAUGGCUUUAUUUAUUUAUUUGAACACAUAAAUAUUGAUACAAAGGGUCAACGAAUACAUAUGCGCCAUACAAGUCACUUGAUUUUUGUUUGAGCUGUGAUACUGUCCGGGUGCCCAAACCGAAGUAGGUGGCUUUCUUAGGGGGCCACUCCCAGAGCCUUCGAAUUAAAGGUCUGAUCCACAAGACAGUGGAGCAGUGCUAGGAGAUGUUUCCUUAGGAUCCUGGGUCCCAUGUACACUACUAGUUUGGAAUCAGGAAUUUCCAACUGCCCUAGGUGAAAUCUCCGUGUCCACCAACUCGGGUAAAGCGCCGGGCACUCGCUUUUCGUCCUCUCAAUUUCGUAAACAGCACCCGUGGUGCGAGAGGACAGUGGGUGUAUACGAGUGGUUAUGUGAGAGCAUUUCGAGAGGGAGAACUGAUUCUCCUCAUCCUCGGCCUUAUCAGGGCAUUUGGGGGCCAAAUAACGUCCUAGCAUUCUAGUUGAUGUCAUUUUGUGAUGAGAAUCCUAAUUUUAAUUUCAAGAAAGCUCAUUUCUAAUACUAGAUCUCACUAAAUCAGACUUGGGUUUCUCAAGGUCACUUCAACACUACCACCUAAAGGUUGCCCGUAAAUUACGGUCUCACCAACUCGAAUUUACUACUUUAAUUGAAAAAUAUUCAAAAGUUAACUGGAUUAAAUUCAACGAAAUAAAUAAAUUUCAUGUUCAUUAAGGAAAUCAAUCAAUCACAUAAUUAUGGUUUUAGAUUCAUGUAAGUAGUAAAUAUUAACCAGUCCGAUUCAUAGGUCUACAUCUUACAAUGGCUAACAUUAUUCGCUUGUGAAAAAAUAUCUGCCGAAUUGUUUUUCUUUGGAUACAAAUGGUUAAAAAAGCAGGAGUUUGAAGCUAAUUAGAGUGUAAAACUUGUGACAACAUUUCUUUUGCCUUAGCUUUAUUGUCUUCAUUUUAAAUAUAUAAGAAAUGAUAGUUACAUAUGAACCUCUGGUUUCCAACAUACAAUGAUCCCAUAUUCUCCGUAGUAGGAUGAAAAGAAAAUUGUCAUAUAUAUAAGAAGAGAAUAACAAAAUAGUCAGUGAUUGAAAUGGCUUCACAGGUCGGUAGGCAUGCUUUACUUUAGAAGUCAGCUUUGGAGUCUUUUAUUUCAUUCCCUUUUUUUUCUUGUUUAUCCACAACUUAUACUAUUUUAAUACGCUAUAAUUUUAUGAUAGUUCACAAGUUGGUCGACUUGUUGUUCAUUGGUUCAAUAAUAAAGAAUAUCGUUUGAGUACACAAUUGGAAUCGUUUUUGAAGGAUACAAUAUCACGAAUUUUGGCUAUCCCAACUCAUAUUGGUAUGUGUCUAGUCAUAUUCACUUUUGUUUUCUAUCAUUAAUGUUAUAAAGUGUAACUCAAUAUUCAAGUUAACAAGUUCCAUGUAACUAAUUUAUUUGAGCUAUAUUUACUGUUUUGGGUUGAUGUUAUUGAUAGUGUAUUUUAUAGAAUGACCUUUAAUGACCUUGAGGUGGUAGUCAAUUACAGUAGAGGUGCCGUAAAUGAAUAAUUUAUCACAUAAAGACCCGAUUAAACUUAGAGUUGAGAGUGAAAUUAUGAGUCUAGAGCCAGACGUUUUGAUAGAGACUACUUGGUGGGGGUCCGCGUGACUAUCGUAACCAAUAGUUGGUGACUCUGGGUGACAUGGCUUGGAAUCGAUCACAAUGGCGUUGGUGUAUACACUCUUUGUCUUCCCUUAAACCGUGAGAUUAAAUUUGCUUUAUAUCUUUUCUUUUUCUACGAAAUAACUUGUUCUUCCUGUAUUUUAUCCUUAUAAACAAUCUUUCUUUUAGAUAUUACUAUCAUUGAAGUAACUACUAUGAAUUUGGUGUUGAUGUUGUUGUGCUAAUGAGGUGUGUUAACUUGGACCGAUGUAUCUGUGUGCCUGAUCCUACGUUGUAGCUGGCUUGUUAUUAAGUUGGUAGAUUUUACAUGUCUACUAAAUCACCAACUCAUAAAUAAAAAAGCGUUUGUAUGAAUCCAGUACAAAUAUCAAAGUUUGUCUUCAUAAUGACUUCAAAUCAGCUUAGAAAUAUACGAAAAACCAGUAGGCAUUGAACAUUUGUGUUCUGUCAUGAGAUUGGUUCAUUUGGGCCUACAAUUAUUUUUAACAACGAUUGGUCUAUAUAUUCUCUUAACAUGAAGAAGAACCAAUACGAACUCGCUAAUAAUAUGGCAACUGACACACGUAACUCAUCAACAACAAUUCACAAAUAAUGGAACCGAAGAACAUGAUAGGAGUGCAGAAAAAAGACUAAAGGGGAACAACUCCGUACAUACGACAACAAAACAUGACCUUGGAACAUGGAAAAAUUAGCAAACUAAAAUUAAUGACAACUAAUCACGAAACAACAAAAGUCAUGAAGAAAUAUAAAUCAGAAAAGAUAUACUACUGUUACCGUUAAUGGAAAGAACUGUUGAUUUCGACCAUAUAAUGAAGAUAAUAUUCACUUGGUGUUAUAAAGUCAAGAAAUGACCGGAACUGGCAAUCUGACGUGUAUAUAUUGAAGUAUUGAACGUAUGGUUUUCACAUUUGAUGAAAGAACUCUGUAGUUUUGUAUCAAAAUACAGUCGGUUGUCACCCACUUGUGUUCCCGCUGGUAACCGGCAGUCAGAGAACGGGAAUUUCUGCGAACGCCGUUUCGGGGCCAGCAGAGGAGGCACUAGUUGGGGCAGUCUGGUACGGGAAGGCGACGUCGAGUGGAGUGUUCUGACAAGGUGGUGUUGACUGUAACGGUUGCUGCCGACGGAGAAGAGUGGUGAAGCGUGCGGCUGCUGGGCGGACAUCGGAUGUAGAUGGCUCGACAGGCCGACGUUGCCACGGUGGUCAACGCGCCGAUGGACUCGACAUCCUAACGGGGAGCGUGACAAUGUUGUUACUAAAUUUAGCAUACUUUCCGAAAGUUUCAAGAUAUAAAGUUUAUCCAUAAACCCAUAAAUACCAUUGUUUUGUGUACAUUAUCUAACCUUGAAGUGAAACCUCUUUCCUUCAAUUGCAUUUUAUCGUUCAGAGCUCAAAGGUGAGGGAAUUAAGUAACGACUAGCGGGCGUCCGAGCGCCAGACAAAGUGAAAUCAAAUCCUUUACUUAUUAAUUUUAACUAUAUUCUUUUUGCAAAUUUAUUAUGCAUUUUAGCACUUGAUAAUACAUCCAAUAUCAAUAACAGUAAUAAUAAUUUCAUGACUCCAGAAUUGUUAGAUCAAAUAGCUUUGAUGGAUCAGACUGUUUUUCGAUUAUUAAGUGAAUUACAACAUGCCCCGGAUGUCGCAUUUGCAAUACAUCCUCUUGAUGGAAGCCUUAUUGUUUGGUAUAUACAUGGUUUGGAUUUAUCUAUUCCUAAUCCAGAAGGUAUACGAACUCAUAAAGUAAUUAUUCCAUACGAAUCAUCAUUUAAUCGUGAUCAUAAAUUUGGAUAUGAAUCUUCAUUUAUAAUUACACCUAAUAUAAAUAAUCGUUUAACACAAGUUACAUGUAGUAUAAGAUCACGUUUACAUCAAGUUAUUCCAUUCGAUGCAGCUCAUUCAUUAACAUCAAAAUUAUUUACUUAUUUAACAACAGAUAAUUCUAAAAAUUUUAUGAAUUAUUUUCAUAAUGAAAAUAUAAUGAAUCAACAAAAAUUACAAAAUUUAUCCGAUACUACUGAAAUCACUAAUAAGUAUUUAAUAACAAUUAAUUAUCAAGAUUAUUUAAAUAUAUUUUGUCAUUUAUUCUUAUUACAAUAUACAAUUAGACAAUGUUUAUUAAAAUGGUCAAAAAUUUCUAUGAAACUUAUGAAUAGUAAUAAUAAUAAUAGUGAUAGUAGUAAUCAGAAAAAUACAUUGAAGCAAUUGAAACAGACAGUAUUAAAACCGAUUUUAUCUUCUUUGGCUCAAAUUCAUUUGAAUUCAACAACUUUUCAAGCACGAACUCAAAAUUCCUCACAUGUAGCUAUGAUCACUAUGCAUACUAAUGGUUCAUUACGUUAUUGGCGUAUCGAUGUAUCAGAGAGUAGUCAUUAUCAAUGGAUUGUCGGUGUAUCUAGUUGUGCACGUUUAAGUGGACAUCGAUUUCAUACAAACAUUAUCGUACCACAUCCAAUAUUACCUCUCGCUUUGAGCACAUCACAUUAUGAGCAUAAAUUGGAAAAAUUACCAAAUAAUGAAUCCACCAUAACAACAACAACAUCACCAUAUAAUUCAAUUAAUAAAGACAAUAAGAAAAUUACUAAUUAUAGUGAAAUAAUUUUAUGGUAUGUUUCAUCAGUUGGUCCACUUACCACCGGUUACACAUCAUCUUUACUGUCAAAUUAUCAAUUUCGCUGUUCACAACAUGCUACCAAUAAUAAUAAUACUGAUUCGGAAUUAUAUAACAAUCAAUUUACUACAACUGAUAUUAAAGGACCAGGUAAUAUAUCAUCAAAUGGUGGGAUUUCAGAAGUGGCUCGAUUAAUCUUCUCCAAUAUAUCAUCGAAUACAUCUUUAACAUUUAAAUAUAUUGCAUGGUUCCCAUGUCAGGUGACAACAACUGCUACAUCAUAUCCCGUUGCAUUGUUUGUUGCCUCUUUAGAUGGUAAUCACGAUAAUAAUAGUCAUACUAAUAAUAAGAAUGAGCAAAACAAUGAUCGACUUGGACUAUUUUUAACAUUUUCUAAAUUUAAACAAAUUAAUAAUAAAUCUGUAUUAGAUGAGAAGAUUAAACAAGAUCAACAGAAUCAUUUAUUGCAUAGUUCAUUGAAUUCUGAUACAUUGGGAUGUAUUAUUCAAUUAAAUUAUAAAUUACCAUAUUCUAGUCAAAUUGAAAAUUAUAAAAAUUUCAAUGCCGAAACAUUAAUAUUACAUGUAUUUCCCAGUGAAUUAAUUAUGUCCAAAUCAGAGAGUUGCAAACCAAUAAAUACUGUUUUAACUAAUCCUACUGAUCAAAUGGAAAGUUUUACUAAAUCAGAUAUGAAUUCUUUAUCAACGUUUUUGAUUGUUCGUAUGACACGUUAUAAUUCACGGGAUGAAACAGCCAACUCUCCUGUUAUUCUAACUUCAUGUAAUGAGACGGAUUUUUGUCGUAUGGAAAUGUGGCGUGUUUGUGUUUCAACGAAUACUAAGUCUUCUUCUUCUUCUAAUAUGAUGAUAGAUGGAAAUUCUUCCAUUAAGAAUUGUAUAACCGGCAAAUCGGAUCUAAUCAGUGAUAAUCUUACGACCAUAUUUAACAAUUUAAUAACAGACGGAAUUAAGGUAUGUGAUUGUAAACUACAUUUACCAUCAGGUGUAUCUAUUGUUUGUGCUCAAGUAUCAGCAGCACAUGUAAGUUGGGCUGCUUUAUCAACAUUUAAUGCACCACCGCCUUAUUUAAUUGUUACUGCAUGUUCAGAUGGUUGUUUACGAUUUUGGCGAUGUGAAUCUGAUUCAAAUAAUAAUAAUUUCACUUUGGAAGGAGUCCACGAUCAAUUUACAUGGGAAGAAUGGCAAAUGCCAUUGAUGCAGUCAAUGUCUAGUUGUAUUGAAUUACAGCUGCAUACCAAUAAUAAUCAUAAUAAGUCAACUCGUGUUAAUGAUGAAUCACAGAUGAAUAAACCCAUUAUUCUAGACAUAGAUUGUGCAUAUAGUGGACGAUUAGCUGUGGCAUAUACUUCAUCACAAUUAUGUAAUAAUGAUAAUGUGGACAAACAUGGGCAAUCAAAUUUAGAUUGGAUUCAAAGUAAUAAGAAUGAUUUAACAAUCUAUAUUACUGUUUAUGAAUGUGAAUCUAGUGGUGGAUGCGAAUGGAUCUUAGAAGAUACCAUUGAAUUAACAUCGGAAUAUUGUCCUUUUCAAAAUAAUAUUGAUAAGUUAUCAUCUAUUCAAUUGGAUUGGGUUAAUGCAGAAGAUGGCGGACAUUUACUAUCAAUCAUUAUUGAUUCGGAAAUAUUUGUUUUUGCACCGGUCUGUCAAAAUCUUUCAUUAAGUCGUAAUAAACUACGAGGUGGGCAUGCAUGUCAGCCAACAUUAAUGACUACAAUUGGUGAAGUGUAUGUAGGUUGGAAACCUAUCGCUUGUACUCGUAUAGUCACAGCUGACUUCAACUCUUCGUCAUCGUUAUCAUUAUCAUCUCUUACAUCAAUUGAAAAGAAGAAAUCAAUGCCAACACAACAACAAGAAUCUUGGAGAUAUUCUUCAACUACUGCCUUGCAUGGUGGUAGUAGUCAUCGUUGUUUUAUUAAACAAGCUGCAUGGCUUCGUGAUGGUCUAUUACUAAUUAGUGCAAAAACUGAACUCCAGUUGUUUAGUCAAUGGCCAUCAGAUAACUUGUAUAAUUUAUUUAAGUGGCAUGUAAAACCUAAACUGAGCAAUACCAAAUCAUUGUAUAAUUCAUCAAGUGCGAAUGAGUCAUUCGAUGCAACAGCAACGACAACAACAUCCGACACUGUGGAUGAUUCUACAGUUUCUGGAAGCUCCAAUAUGUCAGUAGCACGUUUAACUAAAGCUUAUUCACCAUAUCCUUUAAAGUCAUCACCUUCACGAUCAAUGUUGCAUGCUGUUUCAGGUCAUUCUAGUUUGUCUAAUUUACAUGCUACUUCUAAUAAUACUACUAAUACUACAUCCGAUACCACUAGUGACAAUUUUAAAAUAACUAGAAAAAUGAGUCAAAUUGACUUGAAUCGUGCCAGCGGCAGUGGAUUAGACGUUAAAUCAAAUGAACAAUUAUUGAAAGACUUGGAACUCUUGUCGAAUCUUGGAUUAUUCGAAGCUAUUCAAAUUGUCAAUCCAAUACUUCCUCAAUUCCAUCCUCGUCAACUCUUGGAAUGGAUGAAUUUGGGUCAUUUACGUCGUAUAAAAGCGAUAUUAGCGCAUUUAACUAGAUGUUUAACCGCUAUUGGCAAUUCAUCCCAACGGUCAAGCAGUCAGUCUGAUAGUCAUCGUAGAAUGACGAAAGGUAAUUUAAAUUCAGAACUAACCAAUUUUGUUAUCGAGUCAUUCGACUCUACCAUGACAUCAAAAAUGUCGACAACAACAACAACAAGAAUAAAUAAUACAACAUCUAAACCAGUGUCUUCAAUAUCUCAUACAUCUCAUUCUUCAAAUAAUCUUUUAGAAAUGCAUACAAUACCUCCUUUACCUUUGUAUGUCCUAUUAGCUGUUGAUUCAUUGCAAGUAACCGAUGUUAAUGCAGAUGUGAAAUCGAACAAACAUUUCGAUUCUAUAAAUGAAUGGAAUAAUGAACAUGGAUUGACUGACGAUUCAAGCAUCUUCGAAAUACAAGAUGAUGAUUUAAAUCUCAGUUCGAAUAAUAAUGAUGAUGAUGAUUAUGAUGUGACAGAUAGAAGUAACCCAUCGAAAACUAUUCAUCAUUCAAAUCCAUCAUUCAAUACAUCUGCAAACAAAUCAUCAUAUUUAUAUGGAUUUAGUAUAUGGUCACUGAAACCCGCAGCAUUAGCCCGCAGUAUACAAUUUUCCGAAGAUGAUGCCCGUCUUCUUGCUGAUCAUUUGUCAACUCAACGAUUACCUGGUCUAUCAUCACUAGAUCAAAUGUAUUUAUUGGGUAUAGCUGAUUUAAUGGCGAAGACACGUUCCGAUAUUACGGAUUGCUUGUCAAAAGUCCAUUCAUCAACUAAUGAGAAGAAGCUGGAUCAAUUGCCACGACGAUUAUCGAUCAAACAGGAUUCUAACGAAGGUUUAGAUGAGUGUGGUCUUCGAUUUCUUUUAACAGUUCAAUUAUAUUCUUAUUUAAGUAAAACAUUACCACCUGCACGUCGAUCACAACUACUUUCGUCUGGCCUAACUAAUUCCAGUCUAGUAUGGGCAUAUCAUUCGGAUUCACAAGAAGAACUGCUAUCACAAUUACCAAUAGUUUCUAAUCAAUUAGGCGGUAGUGAAGUCAGCGGUGCUGAUUCAUUAGAAUUAAAUUGGGCAGAUUUCAAACGAUACGGUUGUGGUUGGUGGAUACGAAGUGAAAGUCUUCUGAUUCGCUGCGCUGAGAAAAUGGCUCGUACAGCAUUUCAAAAUACUAAAGAUCCAAUGGAAUCUGCUGUCUUUUAUCUGGCUAUGCAUAAAGCUAAAAUGGUGGCUGCAUUAUUCAAAACCACUGGUAAUAAAACAUUGGAGAAUUUCUUCCGAUCCGAUUUCACACCAGGUCAACCAGCAUGUCGUCAAGCUAAAUUAAACGCAUUCCGUUUACUAAGUCAACAUAAAUAUCUUCAAGCGGCUGGAUUAUUCUUAUUGGCUGGAUGUUUAAAUGAUGCAGUACGUGUUUGUUUGGAUACUCUGAAAGAUUUACAAAUGGGUAUUUUAUUAGUUAGACUUUAUACAUCAUCAGCACAAGGUAUUCCAGGUCAACAAACAACAACAUCCUCGACAUAUCAUGAUUUUCUAAGGGAACAUAUAAUUAAACAUCAAGAUCCAUUUCUAAGAAGCAUGGCGUUUUGGACAUUGGGUGAUCCAUUAGCUGCCUUGCAAACAUUAUUAGAAGGACCUGGAAUAUUAAGUAAUUCUGAAGAUUUUAUAAUAUCUGAAAAGAGAGAUAGUUUAACCGAUUCAAUCUAUCAAAGCCCACAACAUCCUCAAUAUCUUAGUGGUAGUCAAAGCUUCAUAACUAGUAGGGAUACUUCAAAACCAUCAUCUGUAUGUCCAAGUGUUUUCAAAUUCUACACGUAUCUACAAUCACAUCCAUUAGUUUUACGUCAUCAACGUUUACAAGCUCCAAAUCUAAUCAAUUCUACUAUAUUAUAUCGUGUAAGAAGUUUAGAAAGACGUUUAUACUUUCGUACUGCCCAUCAUUAUUUUAUAUUGGGUUGUCCAACAUUAGCAUUGGAAGUUUUGACUAAAUUACCACCAUUGGAAUCUUCCGGUUCAUCAUCUAUAUUUGGUUUACAUAGAAUGUCAGUUAAUGAAUCUAUCGAAAGUAAAUCAAGGCGUCAAUCGGUAUUCUCUUCAGAUGCUGUCGUGCAAUCUGUAAAUAAACAAAAUAACGAUGAUGAUAUUUUCACAUUCAUGACACCUGAUGUUCCUUUACAAAAAUGUACAACAGAAGAUCAAUUUACAAUUGAAUGGAGUGAUGAUAAUGACGAUCAAACAGAUCAUGAUGAUACUAUUGAUCAUGUGAAGAGUAGUACAGUUCAUAUGAAUCAAAAACAGCAAAUGUUAUCACCAUCAGCCCAACAACGACCUUCACUUCAUUCAAUAGGUAAUUAUAAUAUCGAAAAUCAAGGUGUAGUGGACUUAAUGGCAAAUCAAUUGAAAUUUAUUGCUUGUUUAAAAAUUUUGGCGGAAGAAUUAAGUACACUGGCUGCUGGCGCCGAAUCUGAAGGUGUUUCACUUCGUCAACAUGUUUGGCAAUGGCUUGAAAGUGAAUUAGCUAGUGUCAAUACAUUGACUGGUUUAACGAAAUCAUCCAUGACAACACCAACUGUAACUUCUGCGGCUCAUUCAACUAAUAAUCCCGUUGUUGUUAGUGAUGAAAAGUUGAAUGAACCUAGUUUUGAUUAUUCAGAAUUUUCCGGUCCACUGACUACAACUUCUUAUUUAUUAACUACAAGAAAUGCUGGUACCGUUUUAGCUGGUAUCUUAAUGAAUUUAUCAAAUGUUUCUCCGGAAAUUCGUGAUGCCGAGUUAAAACGAUUAAAAACACGUUAUGAUUGGAUAAAAGCUCAUGAACCUUUUCUAAUAUCGUUAAUUAAUUUCUGUGAUCUGUAUGGGUCUAGUGGUAUACGAUUACCAGCAGUUCGUAUUGAAUUGUCCCUAUUACUUGGUGAAUUAUAUUCAACAUCUUAUUUAUUUACAAGUCAAUCAACAUUAUCGUCACAAAAUAGAUCCGAUAGUAGUCUGUUAGUAGCAACACGUACAACCAAUACCAAUGUCUGUUAUCCUUCUCUUGAUUCUUCACGUUGGCCAAUAUCACCAAUGGCUUUAAUUGAUGGUAUACCUUUAUUGCGUACAUUGAUGCGUCUACCACCGGGUGCAUUACUUCUACCAGAUUCAGUAAAGCGUAUCAAGUAUAUGGUUCAUGAUUUAAUCACUUGUCUGGAAUCAUUACCACCUCCAUUUUUAGUAAGUGUUCUAUUACCUUUUCCUUAUCAACAAUGCAAUUGUACCAGUACUACUACUAAUACUACAGCAAGGACAUCGAAAUCAUCUGUUACAUCUUCAUCACCAUUUCAUUGUCCUGAUUGUAUUUUGGCACCUACAGGCGAUCGUCAUCGUAGAAUAUUUUUAUUACGUAAUUUAUGCGCUGCUCUUUCUGGAUGUAUACAUCAAUGUUUAACUGUUGGGGGUUGGUUUGGUCUUGGUUAUGCAGUCGACGAGAACUCCAUGCAAUCGUCUGAUACAUCAUCUCCAUUGACAAAAAAAGUAUUUGCUCUACCUGCAUCAAGUACUAUCAAUGCUCGUUCAGUUGAUCGUUUAUGUGUAUCUGGUCAGAUAUUUAGACCAAAUACAGAACCGUCUAAAUGGCCAGGUUUAACAUGUUUAAAAAGUUAUACUGAACCUCAAUUACAAAGUAAUAGUGUAAGUACUAGUCAAAUUAUUCGUAUCACAUCAACACAAAAUCUAUCAGAUCGUGACUUAUCAUCGCCAUCGUCAUCUGUAACACGUAUUCAAUCUGUGGAUCGUCGUCGAAUUAUUGGUUUAUUAUCUCAAGUUUUAGCUGCAUCCUAUUUCGGUUUAUUAGUUUAUGCAUUGCAUACUCGUGAUACAUUCACAUUAUAUCGAUUAGCUUGUGCUCGAUUAGAUGGGAAAACAUGGAGUCGUGUAUUCGGUGGAACAUAUCGAGCUAAACCUUUUCGACCACCAACACAACCUGGUACUACUACUGCUACUGUUACUACUACUAGUAAUAGCAGUAGUAAUGUACCAAGUAAUAUAACUUCAGAAAGGAAGCCUGUUCCACCGAGUCGACCUAAACGGUAAGUUGUUGUAUAGUUUACUUUUUUAAAGUAAUUCUUUUCGGAGGUUGGAGAGAAUUAUGUUAAAUGCAUUUUGAGAAGAGAUAAUUCUGCAACUCUUAUUACUGACUUCCUAAAUGCUUCUUUAAACUUCGAAUUACUUCGACUUGAACAAUAAGUAAAAGGUGCGAAAGGUAUGAGCUUUACUCCAAGGUUAGUUGUGUUCAGGUUAUCGAGUGUAUUUAAAGGGUUUCGUGUGACCUUGGUCCUCUAAAAACAUAUAGAAUUAUACCAAUACGACAUUUAUACUAAAUACGACAACGAUAUAGGUAAUUAUCCUACCAAAAUGUGACACGUAAUCCUUCACUGUUCCAAGCGUUCCUGAGAAGCAUCUAUUCCAUGCCAAUUGGAUAUGUAUCCAGGCGUUUUCUGGAUCUUUAUAGACUUUGACGAAGGAAUUUUUAUGCAUCAUUCUUUUGUUUCCAUUGUUAAAAGUAUCUGUCAGCCGUAUUCAACGUAGAAUCCGGUUCAUAUAACGCAUAAUUUACAUCUUUAAUUUAAAAAUAGGCAACAUCAUUGACUGAUUAUCAAGAAAAAAGCACGUAACACCGGACAACUCUCUGUUUUCUUGUGUGGCUUUUGUUAGUAGUACAUACCAAACAACUCGAAUAUUACUUGUAGAUUUUAGGGUUCGAAUCACAUCAUUAUCUUUGAUUGUUACCAUUCCAACAUGCUUGAUUUUCACUUCUCGAAAUUUAUAAUUUCCUAUCCCAACUGUAGUGUCAGUUACUAUGUUAAACCCAUAUACCUUAUUCUGGCUUUCCGACAGGCCAAUCUAUUUAUGUAACCGUAUGUGUGUACACUUCUUAUCCUAUUCAUCAUAUGUCUGUAGCUUAUUUUUGUGUGACUAUAAAUAUUGAUUAACGCUUGAUAAAAUGGUGUUGGCUCACAUGCCUUCUCCAUUGCGCGUUGUUUCGUUCUUUCCUCUUCGCUUCCUUCGCUACGUCUCUCUGAUUAUCUGUUCCGAUCAACGAGUAUACAAAAUAUACGUAUUCAAACAUCCAUUUUCGUAAUUGACUUAUUUAAUUCCGUUAUUCACCAACACGAGUUAAGUCGAUAAGUAUAUCUCCAUAGCAACCAGAAACGAUCUCACUGAUUCAGAUCCCGAGCCACCAGGAAAAAAAACUCCACUUCUCUGAAAGUAUGAAUUAAAAUCUACCAUAAUAGUGUUGUACGUGUAUAGUCCGCAAUUCUUUGUUGAUCUAUUUACUUGUUUUCAAAUAUAUUUUUAAAAGAAACAUAGAUAUUAUUACGCAACGAUUAAAAUUCAUUCGAAUUUCGUAAGUAAAUAGUAUUUUGUUUAAAUGAAAAAAGUAUCUAUCUAUGUAUCUAACAAUUUUCACUGAUGUAUUUGAGAUGCUAACAGAAAUUUCCGAAAUAUAUAUAUAAUGUGAUAAUCUUAUCUUGUUACAUGUUUGGGUAAUAAAACAGUGGUUGGUUGGUUGAUUGUUUAUUAGAGCACUCUAAUUUUACGUAUGCUUUCUCAGUUCUAAUCACUACCCUCUCAUGGUAGGGGUGUUGUUUAUGAAAUUGAGAGGACGAAAAGCGAAUAUCCGACACUUUAAUCGGGUUGGUGGAUAUAUAUGAUUCACCUAGGGGACUUGGAACGUCCUUAUUUCAAACCAUUGAUGUACAUGGGCUCCGAAAUCCAGAGGGAACAACUGGCAUAUGAACCUACUGAUGGUCACCGGCUUCCAUAGGACCAUAUCUCUUAACAUUACCCUAUCGCCUAGUGGGUUAAGUCUCUCGGUUAAAGGUCCAAGGAGUGGUCCAUCAUCUGCUUAGGUUUGACGCCCGAGUAGUAUCCCAUUCCUCACACAAAAAGAAUGACGAAAUGUGGCACAUGUAUAUUUGGUGCCUCCUUGUACCAAUGUUUAUUUGUAAAAAUAAAUAAACAUACAUGGUUUUUCAGUAGAUGAUCAUAACUAACGAUUGACUACUUAGUAGUAGUUUUAAAACAUCGGUUAUCCUCAUUUAUCACAACCAGUUUAGCAGCGUAAUAGGUUUUCUUGAUAGCUACUUUUAGUCUAUGUCUUAAAACAAUACUAUUAGAUUCAUCUCUAAAUGGUGAAGAGAUAUAAACAGUUUCGGUGUUUGCUGACUCUUUCACCUAUUUAUAAACUUUAGUGGAUAACCAUUAGAUAUAAGUAGGUCAGUCAUCAGUUUUGCGUCUUCUUCAACCGUAUCUGUGGUGCAUAUUCUUUGAAUCUUAUUAAAAAGGCACUUAACCAAGGCUCGCUUGUGUUGCAAUGGACAAAAUCUGUGGAAAUUUAAAUAUUGACCAGUCCAAGUUGGCUUCCUGUAAACUGACCGCAUUAUGGUUCCAUCCUCUGUUCGACUCAAUAGUAUCUUCAUUUACUUUUGUUAAAUGUUGUUGAAGGGUUAAUUAGCAUGAAUACUUCUUAUAUGAACUGUAUAUGUAGGUGUGUGUAGGAUUUGAAACCGAAUGUAUAAAUUUGUACUUAAUGAUUAUUGAUAGUUGCAUAUAUAAACCACACUUUAUUAUGUAAUAUAAAACACUAUUUGGUGUGAAUAUUUAAUAAUCACUGGUGAAUAUAUGAAAAUUUUCAUAUGGCAUCUUAUUACUGAUUGAUGUCAGUCAGUCAUGAGCAACGUGGAGCAUGAUAUACAUACAUAUAUGCACCAGUUCAAGUUGAUACACUAUAGUAAAAUAGGGCGAUGAUAUUAUCAGGAUCGUACAAGUAGUAACGGUAUCAACGGUAACAUUAAAAAAUGUUAGACAUAGACUGUACGAUUCGAGCGGAACGAAUGAAUUCGUGAAAUAAUUAGUAUGAGAUAGUUUCAUAACUUAAACCUUAAACUAAUACAAAAUAUGAAUUCAUUUUGAUGGAGUUUUGUUCUCUGAGCUGGAUAGUUUUGUUCGUGGAGCUUUUCAUCGUACUUCUUAACGAUAUUAUCGGCAUAAACUUCAAGUAGAAAUGAAAUGUUCAUACUUGUCUAUAAACCGCAACCCAGUCUAUCCAACAAAUAUACAAACUGAAAAGUCAAUAAAAUUUUCUGUGAUAAAUUAUUCUUAAAAUGACCCAUAAUGUACACUUGAAGCAUUGAAACACUGAAUCGAAGUUACAAUCGUGUCGUGAAUUAUUAUAACAGAUUGUAGCAAACUGUUAUAUGAACUCAGUGUAAUUAUAUCGUUAUCGGUUACAUCGUAUGCAUCCUUAUCAAUGUACACAUAUAAAAGCGGGGUCGACCGCGUUGACAACUUCACUUAUCUUGGAAGUAUGAUCAGCCCAUUAAGAGUAGAAGAUAUACGUAAGCUACUAGUAUUUGACCAUAGAUGCCUUAGAAAUAUUACUCACAUCUGCUGGGAUCGCUGGGUAUGUAAUAGUGAGGUUAGACGCAUAGUAUUAGGGAAUGAUGUUAAAUCAGUUGAUGACGUUGUGAAUCUUCAUCGACUAAGAUGGUUGGGCCACGUGUUACGUAUGCCUGAACACCAAUUACCACGACGAGCAAUGCUGACUAGUGUAGGAGACGGUUGGAAGAAAGUUAUGGGUGCCCUCAGUGCUUGAAGUCACUAACUUCUGGUCUGAUCCAUGUUGAUAGAUCCAGAUUACUUGGUCGGAGUCCGCGUAACUAUCGUAUCCAAUGGUUGGAGACUGUGUGUGACAUGGCUCAGGAUCCAUCACCAUAGCGUAGGUGUAUACACUCUCCGUCUUCCCUUGAACCAUGAGAUUAGAAUCGCUUCAUACCUUUCUUUCUACGAACUAAUUCUUUCUUCCUGUACUAUGUCCUUAUAUGCAAUCUUUCUUUUAUAUAUUACCACAGUUGAAUUAGCUACUUCUAUGAAUUCGGUGUUGAUCUUGUUGUGUUAAUGAGGUAUGGCAACUUGGCCCGAUGCAUAUAUGUGCCUGGUUCUAUGUUGUAGCUGACUGACUGACUGAAGCGGGAUCAAUGAGAUUAGGGUCAGAAUAGAACCCAAUAUUCUAAUUUCCUUUAAAACACUCCAUUUAUCCUGACUCCGUUUUUAUUGUUCUAAACAUUCCUCAAAAGUUAUACUCUUCAACUAUCUGAUCGUUUCAUCUUUUAUUAUUCACAUUCUGUGAUAUCACCUGAAUAUUAUAUACAUAAAACCAUUUAUCAGUCAUUCUUAAAUAUUUGUUGUGUUGUUGUGCAAAUUUACUACAACUUUUCUUAUUUAUAAAUGUUUUCAAUCCUUAACUUGAACCAAUGCAUAUAUGUACCUGUUUCUACGUUGUAACUGACUGACUCUCAAUCCUUAGUAUUUUUACCAAAAUCAUGCGUACGCAGAUAGUUUUACCAUACCUUUGUAUUUUCAAAUGAUAAUGAGGUGAAAUCCAUCGUUUUCCUUUUAUUCUUGGUUAAUUUUAAAAGAUAAUAUCUAAUUCAUUUGUACAACGGUGUUUUAAAUUCAUAAGGUGAUCAACUUUUAUUCAACUAGUUUUAUCGGCGAGACUAUAAUUUAUGGACAAACCAAUCACAUAUGAGAUAAUAGGCCUUGGAUAUUGGCUCGAAAUUCACUCAUCCAAUAGAGUUUUGGCAUUAUAACCGAUGUCAGUACGUGAUGAAAACCCGAAAUCUAAUUCCUAACGUUAGUCAUCAACUGUAAAACAUAAUUCUAAUUCCUCAAACAGGUUUAGAACCCUCAUUUGGUCAUAGAUAUUAGGUGGACACUCUCAAGGUCAGCCUAGCUUAGCUCAAAAGUCGUCCAUAAAUUAUAGUCUCACCGUUUAAUCAAAUAAAAAUCUAUGAUAUUGGUGUUUACAUGUUAACUGUUUUUCUUUAUCUCUUAACUUCUUUUAUUGUUUACAUCCAGUGUAAUCUUUCUUAACAUGAAUUAAUAAUCACAUUAUUAGUUAGUUGGGUGCCUUGUAAAGAUUAAUUCAAUUUCAACAUGGCACUUGUUUAAAUGAAUUGAUAACUGAACAGUAGCCAAUAUCAUGUUUCUUUAGUUCUCCCUAUUAUUGGUCGAGUAAUCUUGAUCAAUUUACAGUGUGAUCACUAGUCCAAAUGACUCGAUUUUGCGUGUACAGUGUUUUAAUGUUAGUUAAAGUAAUCGACAUGACGAACUAGACACGUAAAAUUGACCAGUACUCAGUGAUCAGAUGGCGCAAAUAUUACAGUCCUACAGGAGACCAGUUGCUGACGGAAUAACUCAGUAGUACUGUCUUUCAAAGAUCAUUAGUCAAUUGAACAUUCCAGGUACAUUUUACUGACGAUUGCCUGUUAGCAUGAAACGUAGGUCCAAGGUUUCUUACCGAUUACCUCCGAUUUGCUAACAUAGAUUCGCUUGUCAUUACUGUCUAUAAUUUAUUUGAUACAAGACACUGAUUCACGAUCCAACUGUGUGUUCAUUAGCUCAUUUCUUUUCAAUUACACCUAAAUAAUUCUUUUGUGUCGAUUUAUCAAACAAGUUAAUUCAUGCAAAAAAUCUUAACAUAUUCAUUCGCUUUUUUUUCUUUGCUAAAUUAGACCGACAUCUUCUACUCUUAAACAUGACAGAUCGAAAUCAAGAAGUCCAGAGAAAGCUGUUACACGAGCUAGAGACCAUGCAGCUGCAGCUAUCGAAGGUGAUUUCUUCAUAAAGUUACUUUCCCUUCCUCUUUAUUUGCUUUUUUGUAUAGUAUUUCUGUUUGUCUAUGAUCCGAACGCCGAUAUUACUUGAGACUCCAAUAGUAGUAGUGGUAGUAGUAACAGUAGGAUGACAUUACUCUUUAGUUAUUAAGCUUAAAACUAUAAACACUACUACAUUGGUUUACACGAAUAUAGCUAUGGACUGCGUGGCUCAUUACCACUUGCUCAAAUUGGAGUACAUAAAACUUGUACUUGCUUACUCAAAACGAAGUAUAUAAGGUGGUGUUUGCCCUCACAGCCUAACAACCGAUAUUUAUGUAUAUAUCACAGCUAUUUUUUCAUAUUACAAUGGUGCAAGCUCAGUCACUUUAAUCAAGCAUCAACAAAUAAUCACAUCAAAUUCAAUCAAAUCUAUCAUCUGGUAGGAAAAAUGAUUAAGAAAUUGAAUAUCAAAGUUCAGAUUAAUAGAGAAACCAAACAUAUAGGCAAAAGUCACAUAAUUAUGAAUAACAAAGAAUCAAAUUUCAAGUCAAUACGUAAUGGACGCUACUUAUAAGAUUGUUUUUAUGUAGUGCGUAGCGGAACAUGACACUGAGGUUGUUAUAAUUGUCAGAUGGAGUGAAGGGUUUCAGUGCAUUGAACGUACGACGUUGACAAAACACUUUGAGACCGGAUCAGAUGACAGUUCGGAUGUCAAGAACACAAUGAUAGAUCUAAAUGUAAGAUUGAAGUCUAUGUAUAAUGUAUUACAUAAAUACUUUGUAAUUUCUUGUCUUUUGUCUUGUCUUACAAACAGAACAAACUAUAAGUUACCAGUAAAGAAAUUCUAGUAGUUCACUUCUCUAUGUUGUUCAUAAAGACAAUAGGUCCUUCUUAGGUUAACCAUAUAGGAGCUAAGCGACAACAACACCUCUAACACUGUUCAAUUAACAAUUUUCCUCUUAUUGCACACACAUACACAUACUUAUACAUUGGCCUCCUUUUUUGUACAGUUGCAUUGAAAAUUGGUAGCCCACCAAAUCCCACAAAGUUAACUAGUCAACAUAUACGUUUUUUAGCACAUGCUGAAGCUGCGGCGAUAGCAGACUUAAAAUCUGACACAACCAGGUACGAUGGUGUAGAGAAUAAAGUUUCAGAACAAGCCGCCGACGCCACCACCACAAAAACAACAGCAAUAUCUCAGUCAUCUAUCAGUCCAGAGGAAUGGUUUAUAUUUGCCCAAUCUUCCAUUCUCUCUUGUCUUCUGGAACGUGUAAGUUUUGAAUUUGUAAAAAAUUUUCUUUUUCAGUAUUAAUUGUCUUCUUAAAAAUAAAAAAAUUAUCUGGGUGAAGGAGUUCUGUGGAAAACGGUUUUAUUUAUAGAUUAUAUUUAUCCAUGAAUUGAUCUCAGUUAGGGUAUCAUUGUAAAAUCAAAGGGUGCUAGACAUCUGUUUUGUUUUAACUUGUUAACAUUGGUCAUCAAUAGCCCUACAAGAGGUCAAAGCCAAGGUUUUGAAGUUUCAUAGAGAUGCCCAACUAUCAAGGCCACUUUUACGAACAUCCAAGGGUAUAAUGCUAAUCAAUUCGUGCAGUACAUAACAUAAUGCGAUGACCUGUCAACUUCAUUAGUGAUAAGUGUUUCACUCUCGAUGUCCAUGAAGUCAACCAGUGGGUGCGCAUAUCUAAACAGUCACAUACCUAAAUGAAAAAGCUGCCCAAUAUUUCCAGGUUUUCAGUGGUACCUUAGCCAAAAUCAAGUUAUGAAUAAUGUAAUCCACCGAGUUGUUUCUUUUUUUAAAUAAAUGUAAAUACGAAUAAAAUUUUGUUUAUGUAAUAAUAGUGAUUAUUUAAAAUGGAUUAAUUACUAUGUAGUGACCAGUGUCAUGGUUUCCGGUCAACUACCGCCAAAUACUACCUAACAUCUCAGUAUAGUGCACGCUAUGUCGAGUCACCUUUGACAUCUGGCUACAUUACAACUUGAUCGAUAAAAUUUGAUCAGCACUAAGAUGGUCCUGAUAUACAUGACAUUGGUUACUACUCUAUGAACAAUCAAUUUUAAAUACAUCUUAGUCCUUCUUACUAGGAGUCACUCGCGGCCGAGAUAGCUCAGUGGUAAUGUCUCUGACUGUGAAGUUGAGUUGUACGGGACCGAAUAUGUCAUUGAGCAUCAGUUCCUUAAAGAUUGUAGGUCCACCUUGCUGACGAGUGUUUAAUAGCACGAAACCUAGUUCGGGGGUUUCUUUUUUACUACCUCCUGGUAUCACCUUACAAUGAUGAUUAUUCUAGUGAAUAACUUACUAAAUUUUACUAUGAAAAAAAGGUUUGUUACUGUUGUAUCCGGAUCGCCUCUAUUAAGUCCAGAUGGGCUCUGUUGAGUCUUCAGUCUUACUGCUUUUACUUAUCCACUUUGCUUUUAUGACUGACAGGUUUAUCGAUAAACUAAAAGAGAUCCAUCAAUAAGAAUUCUGUGAUCUCAUUGCGCGCUUACCUUUGAACAACGAUAUGCUUCGACGGACAAGGUUAACCUUGAACAAAAUGCAAACCAAUCUCAACUCCUAUUGGUCCACCAAUAUGUAUGUUUAAUUUUCUCUCUUAACCUCCAGUCCAGAAAAGUGAACACAAUAAGCAAGCUUUUACUUCUGUUUCAGGCAUUCAUUAUAUUUAUCUCAAACACUCAUUACUUUCUAUGCAUAAAUUAUCAGACCACAGCAUACUCCAAAUAAGAAUUUAUACUUUAAAUACAACCGUGUCAUAAACAGGCAGAGAACGGUAUAAUAAAACGUACAACAAUAGAUGAUAAAUCCAACAAAAGCAAAUAAUACAGGUAAUAUAGAAGCACCAUAGUCCUGUCGUCUAAUAAUUAUACAAUAAAAAUAUAAACAUCAGUAAAAAGUUGUAGAGAUUGUUGAAUUUCAUCAAGUUAUGAACUGAUUUAAGUUUAACCCUCAUUAAAAACCUGGAAUGACCGAACUAUUCAGUGAUCUUUACUUUAAGCGUCCUUGGCUUAAUUUUCCGCGUGCGGAAUGCCAAUGCGUACUGUCGUUGAAAAGUCCGAUACUAGGACGAAAACGUCAUCCAGUGCUUUCAGGUGUUCAACGGUUGCCUAAUUUAGAUCAGUUGAUGACUCAUGAAAUCCAUUCAUUUUUAUACACAAAUUUUACUGACAUUUGACAAUUAACCAACGAAUACCACACACUAACUGUGAAUUAUAGUGGGAAUACAUAUAGAUUUUUCACUGAAUUAAAAAAAUGCUAUGUAUACAUACUGGACUGAACGAGUAUCAUACUAAAUUAAUACACAAAAGAAUGUUAAACUGAAUAAAUAUCAUAAUGAAUUAAAGUAUGAUCUUACGUUUCCCCUUGGUACAACCAAGAAUAGGAAACAUCCGCUCAAAGUAAACUCAAAAUCCACUCCUAUGGGUAUGCAUAUGUAGCAACAACCAGGAAAGUCCUAUUGACUACCUUCUGGUGACCAGUGUGUAUUUUACAAAAUCGAGAGAACGAAAAGCGUAUUUCCGGUGCUUAAACCGAGUUGGUGGGUACAGAGGAUCCUAUUGUUAGUCACCGGCUUCAAUAUGACCACAUCUCUUUACGGUAUCCCAUUCUUUAGUGGGUUAGAUCUAUCAGUUAAAGACUUGAGGAGUGGUCCCUCUAAGAAAACUACCUGCUUCAGUUUUGCGACCGGACAGUAUCCCAGCCUAUAUAUAUUGAAUGAUAACCUAUAUGUUGCAUAUAUAUCUUCUGUACCAAUGCUCAUGGUUCGAAAAAUAAAUAAUAAGUUAUCCAAAUUCCCUUUGUAAGCUCAUAAUUAAACCACCCAGUUCAAUAAAAUCAAAUCUCACUGAGCAGCAAAGCUAUGUAUCUUCUCUAACAUUUUAAAUGCAUUUAUUCAACAAAAACAGAUGACUGAUCGUAUUCAGUUAACCAUUAAAAUCAUAAAACUAAACAACUGUUUCCUCCUAGUAUGGGAUCGUCAAUAGUGCGCUCCUAUGAUCAACUGGAGAUCGAACCAAGGACUUCCAGGUUACAUGGUGAGCAAUUAACCCUUAAAUAUCUAAGUGGUGAUGUAAAACAUCUGAUGUCGGCUCAGUACUUCUAAAGUUAAGCGUACGCCGCUAGAGCUGAAGGUCUCAAGCUCGAUCCCAGUUCUUGCUACAUACUACUUAUAUCUGUCCGCAUAAGUAUUGCACACCACAGUCUAACUUAAAUCAAUCCAUCGGAUAAACUAUAAAAUUCAGCCUUUAUCACAAACCUCAUUACAGUAAAAAUAUAAAACUGAGUUUCAUCUUCAAAGAAUAUUCUAUUCUUUCAACUCUUCUCUUCCAAUUCAUUUUAGUAAGGAAUCUGCAUUAAUUUUGACUGGUUGUCAAUCAUGUUAAAAAUGUGAAUGCCUUAUAAUUUAUACCAACUUAUAUCAGUUGAUAGACCAUUAAAAUGAAAAAUUCAUUAAAAAAUCAUUUUCGCCCCUAGCUAAAACUCGGUAUAUAUAUAUACCCAAAUGCCUUGUUAUGGCCGCGGGUAGAGAGAGUCCGCUCUCCCUCUCGAAAUACUCUCACAUGUCCAUACAUAUACAACCACUGUCAGGGAGGUACUAUUCACUGCCUUCUCACGGAAGGUAUGUUGCUUACAAAAGUGAGAGAACAAAAAGCGAAUAUCCGACGCUUUAACGCGGUUGGUGGAUAUAGAGGAUCCACCUAAGGGAGAUGGAAAACCCUGAUUCCAAACGAAUGGUGCAUAUGACCUCUAGGACCAUGAAGGAACAAAGGCGUACGAACCUACUGUUGGUCACUGAUUAUCAUGGGACUGGACCUCCUAACGUUGCUCCACUGUCUUGUGGAUUAGACCUCCAGGUCAUAGCCUCGGUUUGUGGCCCCCUAAGAAAACCAGCUGUUUCAGUUUGGGUGCCCGUGCAAUAUUCCAGUUCUCACACCAAUGGGAUGGCCAAGUGGGGUGCAUAUAUUUUUGAUGCCCUCUUGUGACAAUGUUUGUGUUUUUAAAUAAAUAUGUACGUAUAGACUAACUAUAAGUAUCCGUUUUAUGAUGUAUAUAAUCAUUUUUUUCUGGUUUGUAGCCUCCAAAACAAACUGACUUAAUUGAUGAUCCCAGUGAGAUUUUCGAUUCCGAUGCUAGUGAACCAUCUUCAAAGAAUGAAUACGAUACAUAUCAUGGAGCUUUAUUAAAACAACAACGUCGUAUUAAUCGAGUACAACGCUUUAUCAAACAUUGUUCUAAUUUAAAACAACGUAAAACUGUACGACACCGUCUGAAAAAUUCGUUACAUUAUCGUUUAACUGGACAGUUUAUGAAUCAUACCGAUGAUAAUCAUGACCAAAGUGAUGGCGAUGGUGCUGAUAUGAAUCCUAAUGAACAGUUGGAUGUUAAUGAUGUUGAAGACGAUGACAAUGAUGAUGGUCAACAUUAUUCUGAUCAUCCUUAUAAUUUACAAGAUUAUGAUGGGGUUAAAAAUGCCGUACUAACUGAAGGGAAAGAUGAUUCUGGGAAAGUAGUAUCCUCUCCUACAAAAUUAAAUCUCUCCAGUUUACAACCACAGUGGAUUUUAAGACGUUUACAUUUGAAUCCAGAUUUUAUGGAUACCUGGUGGGGUAGUCGACUAGAAUCGGAAUUCUAUGAAGCAUUGAAUAUUUUCUACAUGAAAUCUGACAAAAGACAAGCAACACAUACUAAUUUAAAAGAUUUUACCGAAUUUAAUUCUACUGUUAGUGGUGACCCAACUGAUGACAAUAACGAUGAUGAGGAUGAGGAUGUUGGUGAAGAAGAUGAUUAUAAUCUGACGGUCGAUGCUUUAGGAAAUCGUAAAUUAGCAUUUUUUGAAAAUGACCGUCAAUGGACUUACAGUGAUAGUUACGCGUGGAGACUGAUACGUUUGGGUUUAAUGCAACUGGCUAAACGAGAAUUGAAUAGACUUAUACAAAUUAUUGAUUUCAGUGGAGAAGAUUUGGCUGUUCAUGCACCAGGUUUAAUGACGUUAACACGUCUAGCUGAUUGUUGGUUGGUUGGUUAUCGUUCAGAAUUAACUUCACCACCAGCAUUGAAUCCAAUUCAUUUAAAAUUGCAGCAUAAAGGAUUUGUUAAUGAACAUCUUCUACCACCGACAGAUUUCCUACCAGGUAUUCAAGAAGAUUUAUCUUCUUCUUCGAUUACACAAACGGCUGCUGCAAUUAAAACUGGUAGCAAUUUGACAGUUGGUGUUGAAGUGUCAAAAUUGGACUUUCCUUCACCCGGAGCAACAAGAUCGAUGUUACGUUUGAAAAAGUUAAUAAAUUUUAAAAAUACUCCAUUUCAGUAAGUUUUUCAGUCACCUUUUUUUAAUCUGUAGUGAAGUCAUGAACUGACCUUUGUUAGACAACCAUUGAGAACCUGGGAUCACUAGUUGGCCGUUUUGUUCCAGUAUUGGACUCCCCAAUGGCAGUGCUCAUCGGUGAUCCCACUUGUGGGAAUCGAAACCAAGACCUUCAGUCUCGUGCACGAACUCUUAGUCUCUGGGCUACUAAGCCGGGAUCCGAUGGUGUUAAUGUCUAUCUUCAAUUAAUUCAUGACGUUGCGUGACCAUGAAUCAUCAAUAAUGGGUCCCAAACAUUAAGAAUGAUACGCCUCUUCAUUAAUCUCUGGUUUUCAGUGUGUUCUUAUGUCACGGUUGAUUCGUUAACCCAUAUAUGGACAUCUACUUCUAAAUUUUAACAUAUCAGCAUUGGUACAGCAUCUCUUUAUUUAUCAACUCUCCGCUUGUACUUUCUGUAGAACACGUGAUCCAUUCUCAUUACCUGUCAAACGUUUAUGGUGUUACUUAGUUCGACAACCUGGAAUAGAUGAUAUAUUUUUACGUCAUGUAUUUCGUAAACCAUGUCUUAUACAGUCCGUUAUUACACCGAAUAUUAAAUUAACAUUAUCACCAUCACCUUCGUUAUCAUCAUCAUCAGUUGCUUUUGGAUCAUCGGAACUUAACAAUCUACCUAGUUUGAUAAAUUCUACAUCAUCGUCUAAUCUGAAAAAUGUUUCCUCUGCUGCAUUGAUUGAUAUUCAAAAAUCGUCAGGGAAGCAAACAAGAAUACAACAACAACAACAGACCCAAUCUUUAAAUCAAACUAUUUCAGGAUCUCUACUGUUUAAUGAUGCUGUUCGUCUUAUUCAUAAAGAACAUGAUCCACUUAUAGCUAUGUGUAUUAAUCAGGUAAAUUUCAUGAACUAUUUGUUGUUAGAAAUAGUUUUCUUUUAUGGUUAUGUUUGUUUCAAUUAACGGGGAUAGAUCGUUGGUUUUUCAAUAAAUUCAAUAGAAUACUCAACCUACUCAUAAGCAGUAUAUUUAAGAUGGGUAAAAGUAUCAGUGUUUGUAUGAUUGAAAACACGUUUUUGUAUAUCAUGAUCAUUAUCAAUUUUGUAUUUGUUUUGGGACUGUUCGUCGGUUAUCGAACCCAAGAAAUCUCUUUAAACAUCGUAGUUAAUCUUUUAUUUUAAGACCAUUGUUUGUCUACUUAUUUAUUGAAACACGUAAGCAGUGGUACAGAAGGGUACCAAAAAAUAUAAACACCUUACAGGUUAUCAUUCAAUUUGUGUGUGGGCUGUGAUGCUGUCCGGGCUUCAAACCGAAGCAAGUGGUUCCCUUAGGGGGGCUAAUCCUCAAGCCUUUAACUGAUAGAUCUAAUACACUAAGCAAUGGGAAACCGUUAAGGUAUGUGAUCCUAUGGAAGCCGGUGACUAACAGUAGGUUCAUAUACCAUUUGUUCCCUCAAGAUCUUGGAGGCCAUGAGCACCACUGGUUUGAAAUAGGGACUUUCCAACCACCUCUAUAGGGGUCCUCGAUUUAAGCGCUGGAACUUCGCUUUUCGUCCUCUCGAUUUCUUAAACAAUGUUAAGCAAUUGGCCUUAGUCGAUAGAAAACUGGUUAUUAGGUACGUCGGGCGAACUAAUGCUCUCUGUGGGGUCGAAACCCGCGUCAACUAACCUCAUUGUCUAUAGUGUUCCCAAUGAGAUUUUCGAGGCGCGACUGACCUAUAGGACUGAGAUACUUAUAAUUGGUGAAUCACUUAAUGGUGAUCAAUGUUAUGUUUGUUUAGGCGCUUACUGUCGACCGGGUUUUAUCGAUCGGGUUACCUACGAGUGUCAUCUAGAGCGAAGUCUAACUCUAGGCUUUCCUGUCGAUUAACUCCAAUCACCUAAUAUCAAAUAUGGAGAAGACGAUGUCGAAUCACGUAGACUUUUGGCUAUAUUACAACUUGGUCUACAGAAUUCUAUCAACGCUAAGCAGUUUGAAGAAAACAUAACAUUUGGGACUACACCGUGGUCGAUUAAUUGUUAACGAAUUUUAUUCCUAACAGGAUGGUAGAUGUACUCUAUUGAAAAAUUCAAACACUAAUAGAAUAGCUCUCUAUCCAAUGAUCCCUGGUGUAAAGUAGUUGUCUAAUUGAAGUCAGUCAGUAUAUCUUUUGACAAAACUUUUGUUUACUUUCACAAUGAAUGAUCCUGAUCAAAAGCGAAUUUCCCAAACUCAUCAUUUGAAUAACUAAUAAUGUAAUAUAAUAUGGAAUAUAUUAAAAAUCGACAUUUUACCUCAAUUAUCUUAAUGUUAUUGCAUCCUAUGUAAUCAAUAAUUGUCAUUGUAAAAUGUUGCACUCUUAUUUCUUCUGGAUACAAUAGUAAGCAACAUUGGUUAUAUUUACCUAAAAUAAUUAGUGAAAACAUCACUAUUGAAUCAGUCGAUUCAAACAACUACUGGACGUUAGCGAAAGCAUCCAGUUGAGAUCUUUUUCGUUUUCUCUAUUGUAUCGAACAAUUUUAUUAGUCAUAGAGAGAUUUUGAAACCUUUGAAGUUUAAGUCAUGAUCAUUGAUCUUAGUUAGAUUAACAUUAGAAACGUAGAAGCACUGGACGACCGUUCUAUUGUAGAACCUACCAGCAGUGUGCACUAGCAGCUCGGCAGCCGUGAAUCGAACACAAGACCUGCUCACGGGAUCGAAUAGUCUUAAUGUCUUAUUUCAAUUAAUUUACGAUAUUGCCAAGACCUAAUCAAUUGCUUGCAGUGGAUAGCUGUCUCACACCCAACUUGGUUGUAUUCAAGAUACAAAUCCUGGAGUUCUAUUGAGAAGUUAUGACCAGUGGAGUUCAACCAUGUUGUGUCUGAAACAGCUAUUCACUGCGGACAAAAUAGGUCAGCGCUGUGCAAUAUCGUAAUUUGGACUUAAAUACUGACACUUUUGGAUCCCAGGUUAGUGGUCUAGAGGCUAAACAUUAUUGUGCGAGCCGAAGAUCAUGGAUUCAAUAACCUGUUGCGUUGUCGUGUAUGCGCACUGACAAUUAGGAGUCCCAAGUUUUCAAUGGUUAUUUAACUAAAAUCGGUUUGCGAUUUAAUACGACUUAAUCAUCAUUAUCGUUGUCUUUGAGGUUCGUAGUAUUUAGAUCACACCAUUAUGAUUUGAUCAUUUGAUUGAUUAGAUAAUUAAUAACACACGAUUUAUGUCUAUUUGCAAAUGUCCUAAGUCGAAAUGGUUCCGCUGCAUUCUUAGUGACAUAAUACCAUAAGCUUUUAAGAUACAGUACAGUACAAGAUCAAUCACAUUAUAUACUUCAUAUAUGUGUUUGUGUGUAUUAAUUCAAUAAUCAAUAUAUAUAUAUAUAUAUACAGUAGCUCCCAGUGGACAAUACGACAUAUGAAAUGUAAGUUACUAGGAUCGAGUCUCGAUGUUCAUAUCUAUACUAGAAUGUAGACCCACCUGUAUGAUGAGCCCGAAGUACAACGUAUAUCCUGUAAUUUACUGCUAGCAAGAAAUCGAAUAUUCUUCACCUUGUAACGCUGUAUUGAAGCAAUCUGUUUAAGAUGGACAUACGUCAACAGAGACUAACCAUUUUCUGUCUUGAAUAUCAACAAUAAGAAACUACAAACUCUUAUUAUCUUGUACAAAUAACGUUGGCUAGAAAUCUGAAUUUAUUUAGAUAUUAUUUAUUUUAACACAGAUAUUGGUACAGGAAAUUACCAAAUACAUAUACUCCACACAAAUCUCAUUUGAUUUGUGUGAGGGCUGUGAUACUGUCCGGGUACUCAAACCGAAGCAGGUGGUUUUCAUAGGGGGUCACACCCCGAGCCUUCGACCUGAAGGUUUGAUCCACAAGGCAAUGGAGCAUCGUAAGGAGAUGCAGUCCUAUGGUAGCCGGUAACCAACGAUUGGUUCAUGUGCCAUUUGUCCCCUCAGGAUACUGGAGCCAAUGUGCACCAUUGGUUUGGAAUCAGGGUUUUCCAACUCCCCUAGGUGGACUCUCCAGACAUUCGCUUUUCGUCAUCUCAGUUUCGUAAACAACACCCGUGGUGCGAGAAGGCAAUGAGUAGGACUUCCCUGGCAGUAGCUGUAUACGCGUGGUCAUGUGAGAGCAUUUGGAGAGGGAGAGCGGACUCUCCCCACUCUCGGCCGUACCAGGGCAUUUGGGGACAAUCUGAAUAUGUUAAUCACUAUGGUGGGGCCGAUAUCCCAUGAUCUAAGGUGACAAAACUUGAAAAACAUUUUUGCAAACAAACUCCAGAUCCAAAAUGAUUUUUUUCUGAAAAACAAAUAGAAGAGUAGAAAAAGGUUAUAAAGUCGAAAAAAUCAAUUCGAUUACAUAAUCAUACAGUUGGUCCAAUCAUGAAUAUACACUACUGCGAAAACUAAUCAUCUUUAACUAAAACAAAUGCCAUCUAAGAUGAAGGCGAAAGAAAAUUGAUUCCGACUAGGUUCUAAAAUCAAUCCUUAUCAAAAUAAAUCAUGUGAAUAAAUUGCGUAGUAGUAGGAUUUUGUUGUAUCUUAAUAAUGUGCCAAGCCAAUGACGUUCGACCCGGUAUAGGCCCAGCGUCCUCACUAGUCCUUUGUUCGCCAAACCCGCCCAAUUGAGUCCCGAACGCCAAUCACGGUUUCCACUUUUAAACACACUUGGUUUAUAUACCAGUCAAGCAGGCCGCAUCAUACUAUAAAAUAAGAAAUAACAUUUGUAGAAGAUCAAGCCAAAAAAUGGCUGUGAACGUGGGAGACAAUAAUUAAUAAACUUGACAUAACUUAAGAACAGUAAGUCGUAUAAUAAUAGUCUUUAAGUUAAAAUAAAUCUUAAAAUAAAAGGAAUAUGAAUAUACAUAAUCUAGUUACUGAAUAACCAUUCAGUCUAUUAAUAGUUUACAGACGUUACCCGUAACUAAAUCUUCACUUGGAUAUAAAAAAAUUUCGUCUCGUUAAUAGAGCUAAUAAUAAUGCCACUUGAUUAUAAUAGGCAUUAAGAGAAUUAUUCUCAACGUGGUUAUGAUGGAGAAUUUGUCGUGAAUUUGGAAAGAUGACAGGCGUCAAGAUGUUACUUCUGGAGUUUUAAUGAGAAGCUGUGAUCAGCGAAGUCCAAUCCUUGUCGGAUGUGAGACAAAUAUUGACCUCAAGUAAUGGAUGACGGUUUGCUCAAGACCAUGGAUUGAUGGAAGUUAAAUAGUAACACUGAUGGAUGCCGACUCAGCGGUUUAGACGUUAAGCAUUCGCGUUUGCAACCGUGGAUACUCAUUGUUGAGGAAAAUGAAACGAGUAUCCAGUGCUUCCACGUUUUCAUUAAUGGUCUAGCUUAGGUCAACUCGUGAUUUUAACUGUGAAAAAAUGAAUUUGUUAUUAUAUGUAUAUUUUUUCCCUCAAUUAUUAGAAAAACUGAAGUGUUUAUACAUGUUUCUUUUUUCGCAUCAAGGCAGUUGUGGUAAGCUAGCUUGAAUGUUAAUUGGUUGCUUAGUUUGUUUCUCUGAAAUAAAUAAAACUAAAAGGGAAUAGAGAAAGAAGGAGGCUCUGAUAUCUAUGAUUUUCAUCUUCUUGGUUUUUGGUGUGCUAAUCGCUGUAGUCCAAAAAAAGAAAUGCUUUGUUAUUUAACUUAUUCGGGUGUUUUUUGCUCUGUUCUUAGUUAUAUAUAUUCUAUAUCCUUCAUUGUAUAUGUUUUUAACUUCGCUAUGGUUAUAUAUCAUUUAUGUUAUACAAAAAGAGUAUGCCAAAAAAUUUCUCUGAAACUCAUCAUUGUAUACAUUAAACUCUGAAGAAGUGGCUUACAUUAAGUCACGAAACGUUAGAAACACAAUUUUCCUACUUAUCGGGAUAUGACAAACAAAAAUAUGUUUAUUAUUCACCUGACUUAAAACUACUAUAUAAUUCGUCACAUUGAAUUAUCCAUUUAUUCACUUAUUAUUAUUAUGCAAUGAAUAGGUUACUGUGAUUUUUAUUAAUUCUCUAAUAGAUUGAUUGCUAUUGGUGUCUAAUUUAAGGAAUUCUUUUUUUUUAGUACCUACUGUUUACACUAACAAAUCAAAUGUUUUUAGUUUCUAAGGAUUUUGAUUUUCUCACUGUCAAUAUUUAAGGACUACGAUUGAUCAGUCUGUAAUGCCAUAUAGGUACACAUUACCAUGUUGGCUAGUGGGUCGCAGUAGAAUUCAAUACCCCGAUAGCGACUGUUCAGACUUUAAUAUUAACAAACUCUUACAUAUACAACUGUGUGAUUGAGUUCAAAAAUAGUAGCUAUCUGAAUUCAAUAGUUUAGUGGAUAAACUGUUGGUGUUUUAGGCGAAAAGUACUGAGUUCAUAUCUCAGUAUGGGGUUAUGGAGUUACAUCUUAUUAGCGAGUCCUAAAUAGGAUGAAACGCACAUCUUAAACUUCACUACUAUAGACUGUCCAACCUUAUUAUUAUUACUUAAGCACAUAAAUAUCGGUACAAAGGGGCACCAAAUACAUAUGCGCCACACAAAUCUCAUUCGAUAUGUGUGGGGGCUAUGAUACUGUCCGGGUGUCCAAACCGAAACAGGUGGUUUUCAUAGGGUGCCACACCCGGAGCCUUCGACCUAAAGGUCUAAUCCACAAGGCAGUGGAUCAAUGUCAGGAGAUGCAGUCCCAUGGUAGUCGGUGACCAACGAUUGGUUCAUACGCCAUUUGUUCCUUUAGGAUACUGGAGCUCAUGUGCACCAUUGAUUUGGGAUCAGGGUUUUCCAACUUCUCUUGGUGGAUCCCCUAUAUUCACCAACCUGGUUAUAGCACUGGAUAUUCGUUUUUCGUCCUCUCAAUUUCGUAAACACCCCUGUCGUGAGAAGGUAGUGAAUAGGACUUCCCUGUCAGUCGUUGUCCAACCUUAAGAAAUAGUGUUUUUAAUUAAUACAAAUAGUGAAUCAAAAAUACUGUAGAUGUUUGCUGUAUUCACUGAAAAUAAAUACGUUAACUAAUAAUUACAUUGUGAUUGACGAAUUCAUUUCGUUUCACUGAAUUUCCUAUUUUUUAUUAGAAAUGUAAAUUUUACUGAUGUAUUUUUACAUACCACUCUGUAUGAUGUUAGCUAGUGUAGAGGUAGGUUAGAAGAAAGAUAAAAGCGAUCUAAACAAGACAUGGAAUCAGUCUGUGAAGUUAUUGUCUAUUUAAUUGAGCCUUGUUGAUAUCUACAAACUAUCUAAUUCAAGUUCAUGCCAUUAUUAUGAAUAACAGAUGAAGACUUUCAGUGAUAUCAUUUAGAACCUUCCAAAAUGACACAGAUCCAUACUCUAUUCAAGUAUAUAGAAUAAAGCAGAGAUCAGUUCUAUGAUCGAUCUAAGUAUUCAACCACUUUAUCAUAUGUUAUGAUGACAUUAUUCCUUGUUUUGUCACAGGUUAAUUACAAUGCAAUUGCAAUCGCUACACCGAAAGAAAUUAUCGAGUUAGAUAUUGAAAAUCUUGUUCAUUUACCAUCAUGGUAUGCUGAUGAAGUUGAAUACGAUUUGGAAUUAAUGCGCAAACCCCAAUUACGUCGACACCCUGAAGGCGGGACUGAUGAUUUUAUUGUAUGUGACACAAAUCCAACAAAAGUUGGUAGUAAUGAUCAUCAAUCGGAGGCUACAACAUCAAAUAUAACAUCUUCAACAGUCACAUCCCUAUCUACUAGUGAUAGUAAUCCUAGCGGUACACAUGUGGUAAGUUUGUAAUUAUAAUGAUGCAAUAUUUCGGUGUUGCGUUUUCUGAGCUAGAUAAUCUAACUGCGGUGCUAUCAUUGUCAUUCUAAAUAACUUUGUCAGUUCCUACUUCAUUUAGAAGCGAACUUUCUAGUUAUUCAGGAAGUAUUAUAUCAGUUUGCUCCGAUGGUCUUGUUUGUAAUUGGUUUUCUUCAUUUGUUCUUCUAUUCAUAUCGAUUAUCUCUGGUCAUAUGAUUGGUUGACUUUUUCCAUUUGAGUUUACAGAUUUGGUGUAUGUCAACAAGCUCGUCGAUUCUUAGUUGAUCUGAAUGAAACAGCUGAAAAGCUCACUUCUACAUAAAGUUCGAAACGAUAAUAAGAUUUUCACAAUCCAGUCAUUUAGCUCGGAGAACCAAAUACCACUAAAACCUUUGCCUGAGCUGUAAAUCUCUAUCAUUUUAAAAUUACGCAGUUUAGUUCGGUUGUUAAAUGCUUUUGUAAACAAGGGCUAACAAUUGAAUCCAGGAUACAUCUUUUAUUUUAUACGUCUUUAUGAGUUGUCCCAGCGUAAAUGUUACCCACUCACAUACUCGUGAUUAUCGUACCCAAUGGUUAAGGACUUUGAAUGACAUGACUCAAAAUCGUCCUCAGUGGCACAGAUGCUUUGAUUUUUUAUCUUCCCUUAGAACAUGAGCCCUGAAAUCACCUUAUGUACCCCCAACUCUAGCUGAAGUUCAAAAGGCUAUAGUUAAUCUGAAACGAGGAAGGGCGGCUGUUCCAGAUGGAUUGGCUCCAGAGGUCUUUAAGGAUGGUGGUCCAAUUUUAGCGAUUAGGUUGACUAAGAUUUUAGCUAAGAUCUGGGAGUUAGACGUUAUCCCAUCUGACUGGUCACAAUCUCUUAUCGUCCCAUUAUAUAAGAGAGGGUUAAAAUCAUCAUGUGACAACCAUAGAGGGAUUAGUUUAACUAAUAUAGUAUUUAAAAUACUAGCCUCGAUAAUUAUCAGACGCCUAACUAAGACUCGUGAACUGCAAACGCGAGAGAAUUAAGCUGGCUUCAGACCUGGUCGUGGCUGCAUCGACCACAUAUUCACCAUUCGUCAGGUUCUAAAACACAAGCAUACUUAUCGGCGUCCGACAAUGGUGGUCUUUCUUAACUUAAAAGCAGCAUUUGACUCGGUAGACCGCGAGAUUCUGUGGCAGUGUCUGUCAUUGAAAGGCGUACCUCAGAAGUACAUAAACCUUAUGAAGGCUCCUUACUCGAACACUACUAGUCGAUACUGUUGAUGCUUCUCGGGGACUUAUCCUGAAAUAAAUUCAUCUCUCUGUGCUAAUGUGAUAUGGCAAUUUGAACCGACACAGAAUGAGUUAGGUUGCGUAUAAAUAACUGACUAAUAUUCGAACUCAUUUUGCCCCCUGGCUUCAAACACACCAUGCCACUAACCACACACACUAUGCCGUCAACCUAUUACAUCUACCGAAUUAUUCAAUACCCAUGAUAUCGUUUAAAUUAUUUAACCAAAAUUAUAUUUUACUAAUGGAUCAAUUAAAUUUAAGAUACUGACUGUCGAAUUUUUAGAACCGGAUAGUGGACAGCAUGUACCUUAUCUAAAGCAAAGUAAAGAUUUACUGUUAUUUAAUUACUAACACUAGAGAAUGGAGACCAUAAUUUGUGGAUUCUAAAAUGUGACAUAAAGAUUUUCAAAAAAGCAACCGACAUAAGGGAAAUCCAAACAGACUUCUUCGUGUUUCUAAAAUGUCUACUUCAUUCACUAGAGAAUUACACGUAGAAGAAAAUACACCAACCAUUGGGAGGAUAUCGAUUGAAUUCAGCGUUAAUUAUCUUCAAAAUUAAACUAAAAAGAAUUCAAUAGUUGAGAUCAUCAGCCAAUCGAAGCUAGACUACCAUGGAAAACCUGGAAGCACUAGACGGCUGUUUCGUCCUAUCGUGGGACUCUUCAAAAGUGUGCAUCCACGACCCCGCCUCAUGAUUCAGUGAAGAAAAUUUUCUUCUCGACGAAAUCAUUUUACUUAAGUUGUACAUUCAUAUUUAUAGUUGUUUGGUAAGUAUAUAUGUCUAUAGAAAGAAAGAAAAGAUUGCAUCAUGAAAUGAUUCGUAAGUUCAAAUAUUAAAAGGAGAUUGCAUAAUAAUCAAUGGGUUAGAGAAGAUUAGGUGGAUGAAAACAAUUCAUGGGUUAUAAAGGUUAUGCUAGUAACUGAUUACAAAGUAACAAUAAAAACAAAACGAGACCAAAACAUACUACAGAAGGGAAUUAAAGCCAAGGAAGGAUGAGAGGUUGGACGUAUUCCUGAAUAAAAUCUUUUAUUCAGCUAAACUUCGUAUUGUUCUCUCAAGUCGACCUACCAUUCAUGGAUAUGCUAAGGAUAAACUUCCUCUCUGGGUCAUAUCAAUAUACUUUUAUAAAUUUACUUGCUCCUGUGUAGCAGGUUACGUUGGCUGCACAGAGCAAUCACUUUACAAAUGCUUGGCUUUUAAAAGGAGAAUGUAAAAUAGUUACCAGUUUAAUACUGGAGCAUUUAAUCAACUCUGAACACAUCGCUCCAAAUGAGUCUUCCUUCAAAUCAAUCUGCUCAAUCAAAGGUAGGUCGAAUCAAAAAGCUUAUGCACUUCUAAGGCUUUGAUGAUCCACUAAUUCAAGCCUGAACGCUGCACUUUUCGUCCUCUCAAUUUCGUAAACAACAGUAAUGCCACGAGAAGGCAGUGAGCAGGAUUUCCCUGACAGUGGCUGUAUGCACGUGACCGUGUGAGAGCAUUUCGAGAGGGAGAUAGGACUCUCCUCGCCCUCAGCCGUACCAGGGCAUUUGGGUACAUUAGGCGGUUAACGUGUGUAAUUUGUAAGUUAAAGUAACAUUAAAAAUAAAAAGUAGACAGUGAGAUUGGUUGAGGUUUCCAGAAGGAUAUCUGAUGUUAUCAUACAUACUUUCUUAUCCUUUGUAAUGGAUAGAUUAUUGAUCCAUAUGUGUACUAGUCAAAGAUAUUACUUUUUUUCGAGUUAUGUUAACUUGUCAUAGAUUGGUUGAUAGUUGCUUAGGCGUGAUUAUAAUUUAUGGACGAAAUAAUGAGAUAGAGAGUCGUGGAUUUUAACGUGAAGUUCAUUCAUCCAUAUGGCCAAAUAGUCAUUUUGGCAUUGUAGCUGAUGUCAAUUCGUGAUGAUAAUUCUAACUUUAAUUCCUAAUCCCAACUUCCCACUCUAAAUCCCGAUUCUAAUUUCUCAUACCAAUUUAUAAUCCUUUUUAAACCCUAGUAGUUAGGUGAAUUUUCUCAAGGUUACUUUGGCGUUGCUUUAGUCGUCUUACCUACGCCUGUUACUCCCAAUCGAACAUAAGCCUCCGACCAACAUUCUCAAACCCACUCUGUCAUGGGCCUACUUUUCUAUUUAUAUCCAAUAAUUGUUCACUCUUCUCAUAUCGGUCUCCGUUUCUCGGUGUAGUGUUCUUUGUUCUUCCUCUUCUCCUUUGGCAUUGAAGAUUCCAAGUGAGGACUUUUCUUAUGACGCGAUUGGGUGCUUUCCUCAAUGUGUAUCCUAUCCACUUCCAGCGCUUCUUCCUGAUUUCUUCCUCCGCUGGGAUCUGGUUUGUUCUCUCCUACAGUAGGUUGUAGCUGAUAGUGUCUGACCGACGGAUCCCAAGUAUUUUGCGUCGGCAACUGUUAAUAAACACUUUUAUUUUAUGGAUGGUGACUUUCGUACUUCUCCAAGUUCCCACUCCAUACAGCAGAACUGUCUUGACAUUUGUAUUGAAAAUUCUGAAUUUGGUUUUAGUUGACAGACCGUUGUUUUGAGUUCCAAUUGUAGAUAUGCUGCCAUUGCUUUGCCUGUCCGUGCCUUCACAUCUGCAUCAGGUCCAUCGUGUUCAUCAAUGAUGCUGCCCAGAUAUGUAAAGGUUUUUACAUCUUCCAAAGCUUAUCCGUCAAGUGUGAUUCGAUUGGUGCAUGCUGUGUUGUAUCGGAGAAUCUUGCUUUUCCUUUUUUGUAUGUUGAGACCUACCAAUGCUAGGGCUGCUGCUACACUGGUCGUCUCCUGCAUUUGUUGUUGCGUGUGCGAUAGAAGAGACAGGUCGUCUAUAAAUUAUAAUUUCACCGUUUAAAUAUCCAAUAUAGAACGAGUCAAUCGUAUACACAAUAGAAUCGUUUAUUGCUUGACCUAGGAAAUUAGGCAUCCACUAAUAUUCCGAAGAAGUUGAACGGUAUUUCAAAAAUUCAAUGUAAUUAUUACGAGUUGAAUAAUAAUUGAGAUGAGUUAAAAGUUUCAGCCAGUAACCAUGAAUAGUUUAUCAGAAUAACUUCAAUCUGAUUUAUUAGUUUUUAUUGAAAUCACUUCUGAUUUGUUCGAUGUAUCAAUCUUUUUUGAAGGUACUGGAUUUGAUUCCCACUACAACACAUCAACAUUACCAUCCAGUUUUACAUCCAGUUGAUGAAUCUCAGACAAGACGAAACACAUCCGGGAUUCUACUGCCCGUUCAAUCCAACUAUUUUGAUAGACUUAUAACGAGUUGGCUAUAUGUAAACAAUAUCCACAUAUUCCAAGAAAGACUGAUUAAAACUCAGUCUUUAAUAUCAAGAACCUGAUAGGUUCAAACCUCUUCUAAUAAUGAUAUAAACAUCAUACCGAUUAAACAAGUUAUUGUUUACCCUAAACUUUUAACUCAUUGGCGUUAAAAACUCAUGGUACUGGGUUUUGUUUCCCAAUGUACAUCUAAACACUAGGAUAUAUACAGAGGUGUAAUUUUUUUCUGGCUAGCGUUUUUUGGGGUCGCUAAUCCCAUGCCCAACCCUUCUUUAUCAGGGCUUGGGACCGGCAGUAGCCCCAGAGGGGCUCCAGGGGAGCCAUACAGAGGUGUACAUUCAAAUAAUAAGUUUUGAAAAGAGCGAGGACGAAGAUUGAUGCAGUAUAUUGGCAACGUCUCUCAACGUAGACCCAAAUGAUAAGGGAUCAAGUCCGUCGAGGGGCACUGGUUGUUUAACUUUGACCACCAAUUUUGCACCAAUCUCCGUUCUUGCUCUGUUUAAGAUAAUAAAGGGAACUAUGUGUAUGAAAUAAGUUUUGAAUCGGACAAAAUACACGUACUUAAUUUCACUACUAACCACAAUUCAUCUUGCUUAUAAAAUAUACAGAUAUUGUUCUGUUUUGCAAUCUCUUUUCAUUAUUUCUUCAAAUACUUUCGUCUUUAUACAUAUGUAUAUAUACAUAUAUAUGUACAGUUUCGUAGUAUAAACCUACAUCCCCUACAUGCAAAUUUGGUCAAUCUAUCUAAACAUGCAUUGGACCGUAGCAGACGUUUAACUAGCACGAUAUUAAAACGAACUUUGCCCGCUGUUUAUAGUCUAACUUCGCAUCCAACAUUGCCAUAUUAUCUAUGUGGAACAGGUACCGGUUCAGUGCAUAUGUUCGAAUGGUCAACUCCAGUACCAGUUGUUGCUGGAUUUACAAAUACUUAUAGUUUAACAACUGCUGGUAUGUUAGGACAAUUUCCAGCUGGUUCUAGAGGUGCACGUGUAACAGCAUUACAAUUUGAUGAUAGUGGAUAUCGUUUUGGUUGUGGAGAUUCUGAAGGAAAUUUCGGUUUAUGGAAUUUAUAUUCAACUAUGCCAGGCAAAUUACCAUAUUUUCGUUGUCGUUGCCAUGCAAAAGGUUUAGCAGAUUUUUGUUUCCUUGGCUGUAGUAGUCUAAUAGCUACAGUUGGCAAUGGCGGGAUGCCUACAACAACUCCACAUAUUGUCAGUGGAAUAGAUGUCAGUGGGGCUGGUGUAGGUGGCAUUGGUAGUGGUCUUAAUUAUGGUGGCGGCAAUAGUGGUAUUGGUGGGCCAACACACUACACUUCUGCCAAUAUCAUAGGUGGUAGUAGCAGCGGCGGCGGAGGUGGUGGUAUCAGUUAUUCCGGGGGAACUGUUAAUACAGAUCAAGAUGCAUCACAUUUAACAUUAUGGGAUACUUUAUUACCAGCGAAUCGAUGUGGUGUUAUUCGUGUUCUUGACCCAGAAUUGGAUGCUCCAUGCACAUCAAUUGCUUACUGUGGAUCACUUACAAACACUAAUAGUUGGCCGUCCAAUACAAACAUUUAUUCUAGUAACAAUAUUAUAAAUUCACUGAAUAUGGGAGCUAAUUCAAAACGACUCUUCACCAAUAAUGAUAGAACCGUUAUUGUUGGUACUAAAAAUGGUGAUAUAUGUACUGUGGAUAUGCGAAAUCCAAAGGUAUUGCAUAAAUUCUCAGCUCAUGAUGCACCAAUAAGAACAUUAUGUAUUGAUUCAGCAACUGAUUGUUUAGUUACUGGUGGAGCGGAUGGAAUUGUUAAAGUAUGUUUAAUAGAUUGUUUGUUGACAUUCAACUAUCUCUUAUUGUGUGAAUUCGAUUUAAUUAUAUAAAUCCAUGAGAAAAAUGAGCUUAGUACUGUAAUCGUUUGUACUCGAAAUCAUACAGUAGACUCAAAAUAUUACCAAAUUCAGCUUUCGAUGGUGGGAUGUAAUCGAUAAGAAAUAUUGCGCUACUUGCCACAUAGCCAGGCAUAUGUGCUAUCUUGAUAGAACUGAUACCUUGCCGUGAGAUUCGGACCCACAUCAAUAUGUGUUAUAGUUACAGGCAGUACCACUGAGCUUUGUGCUCAUGGUCCUCCUGGUUUCUCAAAACCACUCCCAAACCAGUUUGCUUCUCAGUUCCAUUAAACAGUAGUAGCCUAUCAUGGUGUGCGGGACCAGGAGACGACCAUCAUUCACACACACUUUUAGUAAUACUCCAGGUCACCUUAUUAACGACCAAGCACUCUCAUAACUUGUUAAUUUUGCUUCUCUCCCCAUUAUAAACGCUUCUCCAAUGACUUUAUAUUUAUCUUCAUAUACCAUUAGUUAUCGAUAAAUACGCUUACCGGAGUCUAUGUUGCUAAUAACUGGUCAGAUAAGCUGACACCCUUCUGAACUAUCAAAAACAAAUUAACCACAUCCUAGUUCCAGAUCAUAUUGAUGAUUUGUUUGAAAACCGGUAUAAUGGAUGGUUUAUAAUUUUUUUUUCUCUCAGGUAUACUACGGUAAUGCGUUAGCAUGAUGAUGAGACUAGUCAAGUUAUAUCAGAUCCAGGAUUCACGACUCAGAAUAGAGAACCAGAUUAACACUAGAUAAUACCUUAUUCCACACAAUUAUAAGCAGUUACACUCAGUGAGUUCGCAAUAGAAAUCAAUAAGUGAGAAGGAAAUCACAUAUUUAAUAGUCAGUAGGCGAAGUGCUUGGUUGUCCACGCUCACUGCCCAAUCAUAUUUUAAUUUCAUUUACACAUGUCAAAAACCAAAACUACUAAGCACAGUGGUUUUUGCCCUACAACUAGAAACUACUUAACCAAGUUAGUAGUAUAUUACUAUUUCAUCAUUAGUAAAACAUGUCAAAUUUUUACUUAUUUAUUCUUUCAGAUAUGGAGGCUAUCUGAACGAGAAUUAUUGACUAGUUUCUGUGGUGACCUGCACCCAAGUCGUGGUGCAGCAGCGGUUGCUGCCGCCGCUCUAUUCAGAGGCAAUCAAUCAGCAGCUAUAAUUGCUGCUACUAAUCCAGGCAUUUCAGAUAUUCGUCUAUUGCCGACAGUUACAGGAGCAGCAUUGAUUCAUGUCAAUAACAGUAAUAAUACUAAUGACAGUAAUUCUACUAAAACUAAUGAUUGUUCGACAAAUCUAAAUAACCAAAUACCUAUUACACACUCUUCUCAUGAUCAGAAAUGCUCAAUAACUGCCGCAUCAACAGCUUGUCGAUUUUUAAGUUGUGGUGCUGAUGGUGGGCUACGUAUGCGUUCAUUGGUUGUUCGACCAAAACCUUCUAUAGUUUUUUAAUGGAAGAACCAGAUAGAAGAAUGAAAAACACAAAGCAUAAUAUUAUAUAAUUCAUAUUAUUUAUCUUACCUUAUUACUUAUUGAAAGCAUUCCAUACUCAUUACACUUAUACUACUUAUUGUUAUGCUUACUUAUGAUCAUACGAUUUUGGUACACUUUUCAUCUAUUUAUAUGCGAGUGUGCAUUGUUAUCCUUUAAAUUUAGCCAAAUAAACUGAAUUAUCUAUGCACCAAAUAUCAUUAUCUUAGUUAUUUUUUUAAAAAAACGCAAUUUUAUGAUGACUAAUGAUAAUAAUUAGAACAUGAAUUCUGUAUAGUAAGCUAGAAGACAACCAGGGGCUGCCUGAUCAAAACAUGGUGACGAUUUACUGACUCAAACCGAGUCGAGUUGGUGGGUACUGACUACCAGGUUAGGAUCUGCGUGAUUAUCUUAGCUAAUAAGUGGCAUGAGUCAGAGUCGCUCGCCAAAGCGCAAACUUAUAUACUCUUUACUCUUCCCUAGAUAUUGAGCUCUAAAAUACUACUUUCUAUUCUACAAUUUUGUUCUUGUUCCUUAGAUAACAUUUUUUAUGGCUAGUCUUUCAUAUUACCACUGAUGCUGCUUUCAUUUCAAAUACUCUGGUAUUUAUCUUCAUAAUUCCAUUUAACUGUGCUGAUCUAGUGUAGCAAUUCGAACCCAUCGUAUAUGUGCCAAGUUCUACGUUUCAAUUAACUAAUUGUUGAUUUUUAAGUAGAAAUAUGUAUCUGUCAUAUCUACUUCCAUUAAUCUGUGCAACCUCGGAAAAAAAACAGAUUUUCCUUUCAAUUUUCAAACUAGGGCGUCUUUCAGCAUCGAAAUGGGAGAGGCUAUUAUUAGGAAGAGACCUAGCGGUACACUAGUAACUUUGACAAUAAUGAAAUAAAUAUAAUGAUUAACUGGUUGGUAAUUAUGCUGUAUCAACCUCAAUUAAUAGAGCUUGAUGUCAGCCAUCUGAUAUUUUACAUAAUAUUGUGAUCCCAUGUAUUUGUGUUUAGAAAAAGUCUUAUUUCAACAGCUGCAAAUAGUAAAAGAUUCCUCACUAAUGUAUAUUAACCUCAUGUUUGUACUAAAAAUUAGUAUAUAAAAGCGGACAUUAAUAAGAUGAAAAGCAAAGAAUUUGGUAUCAUAACAUGAGUGACCGUAGUGAAAGACCAAACAUAAAAAAUAUACUUUAAAAGUAACAGACAAGGUUGUGGGACAGAACACCAAAAUGAAAGAUAAAGGAUGAAGGCAACUGCAUCAAAGCAAUCCGACUUCCAGUUGUGCUACUGAAAUAUACCAUAGAUAAUAAAAAAUUAGAUUUCGGAAGGCAACAGAUAUUCUACGUAUGAACAUAAACUAUAUCUAGUGUCGCUUUAUUUAUUUUAACACAUAAAUAUUGGUACAAGGAGGCACCACAUACAUAUGCGCCACACAAAUCUCAUUCGAUAGGUGUGAUGGCUGUGAUACUGCCCGGGUGCCCAGACCGAAGCAGGUGGUAAUCUUAGGAGGCCACACCCCGAGCCUUUGACCUAAAGGUCUAACCCACAAGGCAGUGGAGCAUCGUAAGGAGAUGCAGUCCCAUGGUAGCCGGUAACCAACGAUUGGUUCAUACGCCAUUUGCAACCGCAUAAUACUGGAGCCCAUGUGCACUAUUGGUUUGGGAUCCGGUUAAAGCGCCAGACAUUCGCUUUUCGUCCUCUCAUCCUCAUAAACAACACCCGUGUUGCGAGAAGGCAGUGAGUAGGACUUCCCUGGCAGAGGCUAUAUACGCGUGGCCAUGUGAGAGCAUUUCGAGAGGGAGAGCGGACUCUCCCCACUCUCGGCCAUAUCAGGGCAUUUAAUUAAUUUUAAUCCCUACAGUAUACCCAAUUUCUUAAUUUAUUUACCAAGGAAGUGUUGUUUUACCACAAUAAGAAUGUAAUUCUUCAACCAUUAAAGCAUGUAACAACGAUUCAGAAAAAUGACAAACAAGUAACAAAGUAAUCAAAAGGUGAAGACCGAUAGGGUAAUUAUAUUAUUAUAAAAGGCUUUAGGUGGUUACAGGCAGUCGACAGUAAACUCUGGACUUAGUUCUCGUGCUACAUGACACUUGCCAGCAAGCGAUACGAUGAGGUAAGAGUUAAGCCUGAUAGUUAGGCACUAAUUCUAUUGAAAUUAAUGACCUAUAGUUGCAACAUCCCUUAAUCGUUCGUUUUUUUAAUGACUUUUAAACAUGUUAAUCUUCGUAUCGAAAAUUUAACCAUUAAACCAGACCACAACAAAAACCUUUACAUCGUUUGUACAUGUGAUAAGAUCACUAAGAAAACGGCAUUCAAACUAGGUACAUACGAUGUAAAACAAACGCGAUAUAUCCGUAUUGACUAAUCAAGAUGUACAGACCAAAGUGUAGAAUGAACAUAGUUUCUCCAUGAUCUACAUCAAAGCACCAUUAAUUAAAAAAUAAUAUUAUGAAUGUCAGCCAUUGUUUUACUAUUUACGACAUCAUGGUCAGCAUAUACAUAUCAAAAUUGCGUCACAUGUAAGCUUAACAGUGAGUCAUAGAAGUGUUGACAUAAGAAUGAUACAUAGUGUGAAUUAUUCACCGGACAAAGGUAGACGCCUAAGUGGACAAUGUACAUUAGUCACUAUAUAGAAGCCCCCGAAUGCCGUGAUACGGCCAAGGGUAGGGAGAGUUAGUUCUCC